AUGGGAUAUCUUGCAGAAAAAGGCAUUCUUCCCAAAGAAUGUGAGGAAACUGCUGAAGUACACCUCUUCUUUGACAAACAAAUAACAUUAUCAUGGGAUGAAGAAGAAUCUGACAGUCACGUUUGUCGCCUGUGCAACAAGACAUUUUAUAAUGCAAACGCAUUGCAAAACCAUAAGAACCUACAACACAAAGUUGACGUUUCUGGUAGUGAAGCUGACAAAACUCUGCCUCACUACACAGUAGCAAUCAGAGGACCAUUCACGUGUACGUUGCCAUCGUCCAUAAGGCCAGAUCUUCAAUGCCGCUAA